AUGUAUAAUGGUACAUUUGUGUCGGCAAGUAUUUUGGAUGGAGCAGGUAAUAUCCUACCACUAGCGUAUGAUGUGAUAGAUUCUGAGAAUAAUAAGUCCUGGAUGUGGUUCUUUGAACUGUUCAAGCAAGCUUAUGGUGUUAGGCAAAAUAUGUGUGUCGUGUCCGAUAGACAUGAAAGCAUAAUACACGUAGUUUCUAAGGUGUAUCCUACUGUUCCUCAUUUGGCUUGUAUAUGGCAUUUGUGGAAAAAUGUGACAAAGCAAUACACAACAAACAGUGAGGUGUUGAGUCCUAUAUUUUAUUCACUGGCGAAGGCAUACACCCAGGAUGAGUUCGAUAAAUUGAUGGAGAAGAUUGAGAAUGUUGAUAUUCGGGUUGAAGCGUCAACUGAAUAUGUUUACACAGUUAAUGAUGGACUGAGGCGCUUCAUAAUCGAUUUGAAGAAGAAAAGUUGCAGCUGUAGGAUGUUCCAACUGGACGAGAUACCGUGUUCUCAUGCAUGGGCAGUAUUGAAAAAUAAAAAUUUGACUGCUGAUGCAUAUUGUUCGGAAUUAUUCAAGCCAGAAACAAUUGUGAACACAUAUGAUGUGCCGGUUGAUCCUCUUCCCGAUGAGACCGAGUGGAAUGUUCUUAAAAGCAUAUCAGAUGAAGUUGUUAUGCCAUCGAUCUAUAAGAGACCUCCUGGGAGGCCAAAAAAGAAAAGGGAUAAGCCAUUACAGGAGUUGAUGAUUGGUAAACGCAGGAAUGCUUGCGGUAAAUGUGGACGUCUUGGUCAUAACAGGCGUUCGUGUGAUAAUCCGCCGCUCAAUAAGAAGAAUAAAUAA